CUCUUUCCAAUCUUUCAACCGAUUUACAAGCUUUUGGUUUUGCUUCCGGCGCUGGUUCAAAAAUUUUUGAAACUAUUGAACGUGUUCCUCCAAUCGAUGUUGCUUCUGAUGCCGGCGAAAAACUUGAAGAUGUUGUGGGUCAUAUUCAACUUAAAAAUAUAAAUUUCAUUUAUCCGGCCCGCCCAGAGGUCAAAACCUUGAAUGGAAUAUCCUUAGAUAUUGAACCUGGUACUACUGUUGCUCUCGUUGGUUCUUCUGGUUCCGGUAAAAGUACGAUCGUGUCUCUCGUACUUCGUUUUUAUGAUCCUGUUUCUGGUGAUGUACUUCUUGAUGGACGUGAUAUUAAAUCUCUUAACCUAACUUGGCUUAGAAGACAAAUAAGUCUCGUUGGUCAAGAACCCGUACUUUUUAAUACUACAAUAGCCGAAAAUGUGGCUCAUGGAUUAAUCGGUUCCGUUUAUGAACAUUUACCUGAUAUCAAAAAACGUGAUAUGAUUGAAAAUGCUUGUAAGAUGGCUAAUGCUCAUGAUUUUAUUAUGAACCUUCCUGAUAAAUAUGAAACUAUGGUUGGUGAACGUGGAUUUUUAUUAUCUGGUGGUCAAAAACAACGUAUUGCAAUUUCCCGUGCUAUUGUUAAAGAUCCAAAAAUUUUAUUACUCGACGAAGCUACUAGUGCUCUUGAUACACAAAGUGAGGGUAUCGUCCAAGAUGCGUUAGACAAGGCUUCAAAAGGUCGUACAACUAUUGUUAUUGCUCAUCGUUUAUCCACUAUCCGUAAUGCGACAAAGAUUAUUGUGAUGCAUAAAGGUGAUAUUGUGGAAUCGGGUACACACACAGAGCUCAUGGAUAAAAAAGGUGCAUAUUUUAAACUUGUAGAAGCUCAACAGAUUCAUCAAGCUAUAAAUUCUGAAGAAAACCAAGAUUCAUCUGUAAUUCCACCGGAAGAUAAUGAUAUAUCACUUAUUGCCAAGAAUGAUAUAAUACCUGAAGAUCACCAAAUUACUCGCAUAAGAACCAACAAAUCUGUGUCAUCUGCCUUUUUGUCUAAGCAAAAGGCUGAUAUGGAAAUGGGAAUAAAACGCGAAGAAGAUUAUACUACUUGGGAAUUGAUAAAGAAAAUAGCAUACAUUAAUAAACCUGAGUUUUUGAUACUUGCUUUAGGUUUCUUAGGAUCAGUCAUAAACG